AUGGAUUUACAAACGGCCGUUUUCAAUGCAGCCAGAGAUGGCAAGCUACGGUUGCUUCAGAAACUUUUGGAGAACAAAAUUGGCCACGAGGUUACCAAAUUAAUGGCAGAGAAAACAAACGGGGCGACCCCUUUGCUUAUGGCUGCCAGAUACGGACACCUGGAUUUAGUGGAGUAUCUAAUGGAGUGUUGCUGCGCACCCGUUGAGAUUGGGGGGUCAGUGAAUUUUGAUGGUGAGACUAUUGAGGGUGCCCCCCCUUUAUGGGCUGCCUCAGCAGCAGGACACCUGAAAGUCGUGCAAUCUUUACUUGGCCACGGUGCUUCUGUGAACAAUACAACACUCACCAAUUCCACCCCCCUGAGAGCAGCCUGCUUCGAUGGACAUCUGGACAUUGUGAAAUACCUGGUGGAACACAAGGCAGACCUGGAGGUGGCAAACAGACACGGUCACACAUGCCUCAUGAUUUCGUGUUACAAAGGACACAAGGACAUUGCCCAGUAUCUCUUGGAGAAAGGCGCCGACGUUAACAGGAAAAGUGUUAAAGGUGAGCACAUUCAUACGUGUGUUACUUUUCCUGUAUUGUAUAUCCUGGGCCUACCUGAGCAACGAGGUUAGACCUAGUACCUGGCAGGUGCAUUGCGCUGUGAUUGUCUUCAUAAGAUCAAAACCAAAACGUUGAAACAUUCACAGUAAUUUGCAGAUCAGAUUGGUCUUGAUACAAUUUGCCUUCCCAAACCUAUACACUUUCAUGCUGUUUUUCAGACUGUCUCAAGGUAAAUCCAUGCAGGUCUCACGUUUUAUUGUCAUGAAUCUUGCCCUGGAGGCAGAACUGAGCUAUUUCCGCCCCCCAUUAUUAUCACUGGUCAUCGGACAUGACGAUGACAUUAAUAUAUGCUAAAUAGUUGACUAGCAAGAGAGCCAAUUCAAAACAUAUCGUAGUUUGGCUGGUUAUCUAGUUAGUCUGUUUAUUAUUUUACCUGCUGCACAAAUCUCUCUCUGAUCCAAUUCUGAUCUGAGUAGCCUGCCCAAUUGUUUGAUAUAGUGAUUUUUUUAUUAUUACAUUUUUGUACUUGUCCAUUCAGACAACUGAAAUCUAUAUUUUGUUUGUCCAACAAUUUGAUUUACUUGCCCAGAGCAAGCGGACAAGUAACCACUAUGCAGUUCUGCCUCCAGGGCAAGAUUCAGGACAAAUGCUUACCUGCUUAAUCCUCACAUUUGGACAUCUAAUGAGGUCACCUAACAAGCUGGUUUAAUUUGUAUUUAAACCAAUUAGGGGAAGUGAACCCACCCAGGCCUGUUCUAAAUUUAAGCCUUGCAACUGCCCACUCACAAGAUCUAUUACGAUCCAUGAGAUUUGCACCCCCUUGGCAGACGCUUAGAUUGGCACAUUGCGGACAUCACCCUGAGGUUUCUCCUAGUGAGAAAAGGUUACAGGCAAGCAUGUGACAAACACAUUUAGUUGAAAUGUAGCAAUUUGAACAUUUUGAUCAACCUUUUUUUGUCUCUUCACUUCAUCUUCUACUUUCAAAUAACUUGCAUAUAUAUUGUUGUUUAUUGCUAGAAUGUCUGCCAAAAAUUACAUUUUGCAAAACACAUGAAUUUGUAUUUAUUUCUUCAUAGGUAACACAGCAUUACAUGACUGUGCUGAAUCCGGCAGCUUGGAGAUAAUGACGAUGCUGCUAAAAUAUGGUGCCGCCAUGGAGAGGGAUGGUUAUGGAAUGACCCCACUGCUGUCUGCGAGUGUGACAGGCCACACUAACAUUGUUGACUAUCUGACUCAACACCAGCAAACACACCAAUUGGAGAGAAUAAACGCCCUGGAACUGCUUGGUGCCACUUUUGUGGACAAAAAGAGGGAUCUUCUUGGGGCGUUAAAGUACUGGAAGAGGGCCAUGGACCUGAGAUACAGGGACGGCAACAAUAUUCUCUACAAAGCAGACCCAAAGCAGUUGAUCAUGGCCUAUGACCAUGCCAGGGAGGUAAGUAAUGGGGAGGAACUAGACAGCCUGAUCUCAGAACCAGAUGAGAUGAGGAUGCAGGCCCUGCUCAUUAGAGAGCGCAUCCUGGGCCCCUCCCACCCCGACACCUCUUACUAUAUCCGCUACCGGGGCGCUGUAUACGCCGACUCAGGGAACUUUGAGCGCUGUAUCAACCUGUGGAAGUACGCCCUGGACAUGCAGCAGAGCAACCUGGACCCCCUCAGCCCCAUGACAGCCAGCAGCCUGCUGUCCUUCGCUGAGCUCUUCUCCUUCAUGCUCCAGGACCGCGCCAAAGGCCUGCUGGGCACCUCGGUCUCCUUCGAUGACCUCAUGGGCAUCCUCAGUAAGAGUGUGCUGGAGAUUGAGCGGGCGGUGAAACAGACCCAGCCUGACCCGGCUCAGCUCAGCAAGGCCCUCUCCAUCAUCCUGCAUCUCAUCUGCCUGCUGGAAAAGGUCCCCUGCACCGUGGAGCAGGACCACUUUAAGAAGGAGACCAUCUACAGGUUCCUCAAGCUGCAGCCCUGCGGUAAGAACGGUUACAGCCCGCUCCACCUGGCCGUGGACAGGAACACCACCUGCGUGGGCCGCUACCCUGUCUGUAAGUUCCCCUCUUUAUACGUCACCUCUAUCCUACUGGAGUGUGGGGCGGACGUCAACUUCCGCGACGAGGACAACAACAGCCCCCUGCAUGUGGCCGCCUCCAACAACCACCCGGACAUCAUGAACCUGCUGAUCGCCUGCGGCACGCACUUUGACAGCACCAACUCCCUGAAGCAGAUGGCCUGUGAUCUGUUGGAUGAGAAGGAGAUGGCCAAGAACCUGAUCCAGCCCAUCAACCACACCACCCUGCAGUGUCUCGCUGCGCGGGCUAUCAUCAAGCACAGCCUCUCCUACAGAGGCAACAUCCCAGAGAAGCUGGAGGCUUUUGUGCUUCUCCACAGAUAA